AUGGUGUUCGGCUCCAGCAGCAACCCCCACAUCUCGCCAAGUACUGACAACGCAUGCUGCCACUGUCCGCCUUUCGCGCACGCACUGAUUCCGGCACUGUGGCAGACCACAUUCUGCUGCAGUCUCGAUGCCGACAAUGCCCUGAGCAACGACACCAGAAGAACACACAACGACAAACGUAAAAUGCCAGACGAGGGGGAGACGGAGGAGGAGGAGGCGGAGGAGGGGGAGGAGGAGGAGGAGGAGGAGGAGGGAAGGAGGAGGAGGAGGAGGCGGAGGAGGAGGAGGGGGUCCGCGUGGAUGUCCCAUGUCUAG